AUGUCACAGGGAACGGCUACCAAUGUUUCCAUUUCGUCACUUUUGGAUUCCAACUCGUCGUCGUCAUCCACCGCUGCUGCCAAUGCUGCAAUGCCAAAUAUGAAAAAGUUGCAAAGCAAAAACAAUGACAAACGACCAGUACAGACACCAGUACCGACACCAGUACUGAGGCUAGUCUCCCAAUUUCAGACUUCGUUUGACCCAUCAGUACAACCCGUCAAUGGUGGCGGUGCAGGUCAUGUGGUAGGCAGUUCGGGGGAAACUUCAAAAAAGCCAAAGCAAACAAAUAUCUCCACGAACGGCAAACUAAGCACGAUAGUUGGAGCUGAAAGUUCGAAAUCGCGAUCGUUAUCAUUAUCACCAUCUCCUGCCAUAUCAGCCCAAGUGAAAAAGUUUCAAACACAAUUUCUGGUGGAACCAUCACCUCAACCAAAGAGUAAAACGUCCAUCAACUCGAUAAUCAACAUGGAUGACGUCCCAACCCAAACACCAGCUCUGCUUUUUCCAACCACCCCCCGUGAAAUAUUUAGGAGUCAUGACUUUGGUAAGAAAAAGAGACCAGGUUUGCUGACCGAUGCAAACGACCCGAAGAAACACAAAUCCAAUACUCCAGAACUCCACAAUUCCCCCAGUAUCACUUCGAAGCUGAAUCUAAAGCAGACACGUACCUCAAAAGAAGCUGGUGACGCAUCUCUGGCAAGCAAGAGCACUCUACCGAGAUCAAAUUCGAAUGCGACAAAGUCUCCACCAAAACCCGUCAAUCUUGCUGCUCCCACAGUGAUCAAUCUACUAAACCCAGUUGAGGGGGACAAUAUCGGACAAUCAACUACAGCAGCAGCAGCUGCUGCUGCACCAGAUGUCGAUAAAUCCGACAAGGAAAAGGAAAAGUCAAUGGAAAAAACUGCAAAGGAAAAGGAAAAGGAAAAGGAAAAGGAAAAGGAAAAGGAAAAGGAAAAGGAAAAGGAAAAGGAAAAGGAAAAGGAAAAGGAGAAGGAAAAGGAAAAAGAGAAAGAAAAGACUGACCCACCCAUCAUUGCAUUGAAUAUCCCUCUACUAGAUCCCAAGGACCCCCAGCCUGGUAAGGCUGAAGUGGUGGUGAACGUGUUGAAACUAGCCGAAGACAAAUAUGGGUGGUCGGUGAUGCACCCCAAGGCGAAAUCAGCCAUUGAAGUCAUGGACGAUAUGAUUGAUGAUGAAGACGACGAUGAUGACGAUGAAGAUUUGGGCGAUGAUCAAGAAAAGGCGCCACAACAACAACAACAACCAAACUCGGUUCUACCGGUGGCACCAAGAGGCAAAGAGUUGACUGAAGAACAGUUGGUACGACAACAUGAAAUCAAAAUGAUUCGUAAAGUGGGUAAAUACGAUUUUGAGGAUCCGUUUAUUGACGAUGUGGAAUUACAGGUUGAGGAAGAUAUUUCAAGCACCAAAGAAGGAUUCUUUGUUUAUUGGGGUCCAUUGGUUGACGAUAGGAGUUCAAGUAAGAAGGGUGUUAAAAAGAAGUGA